AUGACAGAGGAAAAGAUUGCGACUUUGAUAUCACUUUAUGAGGACGUUAUUCCUAAAUCUAGAGAUACAGAAUCCUUCCUAUUGGAAAUACUUACUGCUUGUGAUGGUUCUGUGAAAAAUGCUUCUUUGAUGCUUAAUGAGAGUUUGGGAGUUGCUCGAAAGGUUGAUUGCAACAUCGGGAAGCGAAAACGGGACACUGGAAACAGUGAUAAUAGGUGUUACAAGGUUCAGAAAAGCCUUAACCAAUUCAUAGAGGAUGAUGCCAAAAAAUUUAGACCUAUCUCAUCUGAUAGAAGGGCUAAGACAUCCAACAGGGCCAUUGAACUAUUUUCAAAGGAGGACGUUGAAUCCACUAUCGGAUAUGUAACAAUGCAUGAGAAAGCGCUUCCUGAGGAAUUCGCCAACUCUUUAUUAAGGCAGUUGAUGGAUGACCUCGAAGGAUUUGCACCUUAUGAGUUCCACCUGUUUGGGAAUAAGUGCUCUUCCAACCAUACCAGCAAGAAGUAUUCUUCGGAUCCUGCUAUAUUGGACGGAAGGGAUAAAAUUUACUAUAAUAAUCGAAGGGGAACAGUGUAUGAAUACAACGACUUAUUAAAAGCCACUCAGCUCUUGAUCGAAGACAUAGUCAAUGAAACUAUCAAAAAAUUUAAACCAUUACCAUUCCAAAUAUCAUCUCCCAAUUGGAAAGGCGACGUUGUUUUGGUUAACAAAUAUGGGAAAUCAGAUCAUUUAAUGUGGCAUUCGGACAGAUUGACUUCGAUUGGACCCCAGCCCAUCGUGGCAUCGUUGAGUCUUGGUUGUGUUAGAGAAUUUAGGAUCAGGAGAUGCUAUCCUUCUGACUCACAAAUAUAUGUUGUGAGACCACCUCACAACUCGCUGAUUAUUAUGCACGCCGGAUUCCAGGAAGAAUAUAGGCAUAGUGUCCAUCAGCAGACCAAUAAUCGAGCUACAAACCUGCACCCUAUCUCAAAAGACGUCAGGUUCAACUUGACAUACAGAGAUUAUCUGAAGAAAUACAUAAAUAAUGCUCCCAGGUGUCCAAAGUGUGACAAUCCCAUGGAUUUGAGGCGAGCUUUCAAAGAUCCAGAGAGAAGAGGUCAAUAUAUAUGGCAAUGUUCCAGCCACUAUUCAGGAGUAGAGUGUGGUGGCGUUAGACUAGCGGAUUUCAAUUGUAAUUCCCUAGUGGUAGAGAAGAAUGCAGGAGAGGGAUCAAGAUGGCUUGCUGAUGACGACUGGGAAGCGAAAGAAGCUCAGAAGAAUGGAACUGAAUUGCCAAGAUAA